CAGAUUCAGUCGCAAACGAACAACGAACCAUCGAAGUUUAGAAAAUAUCUAACAAUUAAAAGCGAUCGCGCGCGCGCUUUUUAUUUCGAAUCUCUCGAAUAUCUCGAAUCUCGAACAACGAAACGAAAAUAAAUUUGGAAAAUUGCAAUUGUCGUUUUGUUUUUAGCGCGCGUGCAUUGCCAAAAACGAAUCAGAAGCACACAAAUGCAGAAAACAACGAAUCGAGAAAGGAGAAAUAUAUAAAAACGACGCACAUUUCUCAGUUGCAUGCCGCGUGGAUCCAAAUAUAUAUAUAUAUAUCCUAAUAUAAAAUAAAAUACAUAUACCUAUAUAAUCAUCUAUAUAGCUAAACUUAGAAAUAAAAGCGAAAAGCGCAAAGCGAAAAAGGGAGGAAUAACUUUGAGAGGCGUUGCCCGUUGGCCAAGGAAUUUUUCUCAGAAAUACGCAUGAAAAUUAAUGCAGCAUUUUCGGAAACUAGCUCAAGGCUCAAGACCCCCUCUCUUUCCCUGCCACAAAUCUGUGUAAUUAUAUAAUCCAAUUUGUGUUAUUUAUCGCGGCCUUUGCCGAGCAGUGAACUGAUUUGAACUGGAGACACGUGUCAUUAGAUUUGAGAUUUGAGAUUUCCUGAGCCUCGCACACUUACGAUACAUUGCGUUGAUUAUGAGCGCUUUCGCCGACCGGAAUGUACAUUUCAAUCCUUUGCGAAUUCAGCAAAUGCUUAUCGUUAAGCGCCUGAGACCGCCGGAGAGCAAAAACUUCAAGAACUGAACCGAGCAGCCGAACAACGAAUAUACUUACGAAAUCUGCUCGCAACGAACCUUUUUUAUUUCAAAUAAGAAGUCAACGAAACACAUAAGCUACAAUAUAUAAAUAUAUAAAGCCAAAAACGAACGAAUUUUCAAGCAACUAUAACAACACUGCGACAACAAGAAAAACAUCCAAAUAUCCAAGAAACCGGAAAUAUAAAGACAACAAAGGAUCAUCACAUUGUUAAAGAACUUUUCACAGAGCAAAAGUCUCUUUUUUGUACAUAUAUACUAGAAUUUAGAAUUGUUUUUGUUGAUUUUGAAUACAAAACUCAUACAUAUAUAUAGAUAUAUAUCAUUGUUGUCCCACUUUGUUGUGUUAGCUUAGCUAGACUAAAGAACCCCUAACGAAUACUAGUCAGCCGCCCAACUGUGCGUAUACGCAACGUUGCAACAUUGCGUAUACUUAAUACUUAAGAGUAGUUCAAUAAGGAUAAACGAACAAAUGAUGAAAAAUCUCAAUGGUAGGGCGCACAAUGCGUGCUACCAUCCCUACUACCACCAAUCGCUGCACUUUGCACAGCAGCAACAUCUGCAACAGCAGCAGCAGCAUCAGCAGCAGCAACAUCUGCAGCUGCAACAGCAACAUCAACAGCUGCAGCAGCAGCAGCAGCCCCAGCAGCAAUUGUUACGUCAGCAGCAACGGCAACUGCCCACGCAGACGGCCUACCAGCAGCAGCAACAACAUCAGGAGCAAUCGUUUGCCCACAAUGCCUUCCCACUGCGCAGCAGCAACAGCAACAAUUAUGGCCAUGUUGCUGGUAGCGCCUACGCCGGCAACAGCAGCAACAAUGCGGCUGCCAUGGCCGCCGUGUGCCAAAUGCAGAAUUUUUUUAGUCAGCAGCAACCACAGGAGUACAACAACAAUUGCUUGCCUAUUAAUUAUUAUCAGCAGCAGCUACAACAGCAGCAACAGCAACAGCAGCAGCAACCGCAGCAACUGCAGCAGCAGCAACAACAGGCAAUAACAGCUACGACGACAGCAGCAACAUGCAAUGCCACAGCAGCAACAACAUCCACGACAGCAGCAGCAGCAACAUCAUCAACAACAACAUCCACAAACAACGACAACAACAACAGCGAUAAUUUUGCAAUGGACGCGAGUGAAAUCGCCACUUUUCUAGCCAACGAGCUUUUCCUACAGCAGCUCGGCAACUUUGAGACCGUUCAGAGUGUCCUAACGCUGACGACGCCCACGUUGACCCCAACCACGACGCGCAGCAUCGAGGAUUCCUUUUUCCAGAUAAUUUCGGAUACGCAAAAUGAUCGUGGAGCUGGCUGCGCGGGAUUCGCCGUGCCCCUGGUGCUGCCCAACGCUGCGAACGGAGGAAACGAGUCCAACGGCAAUGGCAUCGCCGCGAUUCCCUGCCAGCAGCAGCCGUACGAUGUGAGUCUGGUGCCAGGAAGCGAUUCCGAGGACUCCAAUGCCUCGUACAACGAUACGCAGAUGAACGAGGAGCAGGACACAACCGAUACUUCAAGUGCCCAUACGGACAGCACCUCGUACCAGAAUGGCCACAUAAUGCCGGGCGGUAGUGUGAAUGGCGGCGUUAACAACUUCACCAAUGUCCUGGCCGCCGUGAAUCCAGCCAACCGAGGCGAGUCCUCAUCAACGAAUACCUCAAACACCCCGGCGCGUCGUGGAGGAGGCCGGCGGCCCAACCGCUCGGCCAACAUGACGCCGGAGGAGGAGCAGAAGCGGGCUCUGCGCCGGGAGCGGAACAAGCAGGCGGCGGCCCGCUGCCGGAAGAGGCGGGUGGACCAGACCAACGAGCUCACCGAGGAGGUGGAGCAGCUGGAGAAGCGGGGCGACGCCAUGCGGAAGGAGAUCGAGGCGCUGACGAACAGCAAGAACCAGCUGGAAUACCUGCUGGCCGCCCAUCGGCCCACCUGCCACAAGAUCCGCUCGGAUCUGCUGAGUGUGACCACCUGCAACGGGCUGAUUGCUCCGGCUGGACUCCUGAGUGCCGGCAGCAGUGGCAGUGCGGGAUCGAGCAGCCACCACAAUCACAACAGCAACGACAGCAGCAAUGGCACGAUCACGGGCAUGGAUGCCACCCUAAACUCCACCGGGAGGAGCAACUCACCAUUGGAUCUCAAGCCGGCGGCGAACUUGGACAACCUGCUGCUGCACAUCAAGGAUGAGCCACUGGAUGGGGGCCUGGACUCGGGAUCGAGUCUGGACCAGGAUGGUCCGCCGCCCAGCAAGCGGUUCACGUUGCCGCCCAUGUCCACGAUGCCGCACAUGUCCACGCUGAUGACGCCCACCGGUGCCUCGUCGGGAUCUCUGCAGACGCCGAUAACGAGCACGGCGCCCGGAGGAUUUGGUAGUGCCUUUCCGGUGACCACCAAUGGAGGAGGAAACGGUAGCACCAGCAUGAACAGUCCCACGCUGAAUGCCCUGAACAAGGUGCCCAAGGAGCGGCCCAACACGCUGGCCUUUCAGCGACCCCUGGGCAUGCACCUGACCCUGGCCAACAGCAAGGCGCAGCACGGUGGACCCACGCAGAUCCAGGGAGUGCCCAUCCAGACGCCCUCCACGGGCACCUUCAACUUCGACUCCCUGAUGGACGGCGGCACCGGGCUGACCCCCGUCUCCGGACCCCUCGUGCCCAACAGCUCCGCCACGAACAAGCAUCCCCUGGAGCUGCCCACGCCCACCGCCGAGCCCUCGAAGCUGGUCAGCUUAUAACCACGGGACAGGAUGUGGUACAGGGCCGGCGGAUAGGAUAGCUCGAGUCAGGACUAGGUUAAGUUUUAUAUAAUUGAGGAUGCGUAGCGAUUAUAUUUACACUUGCUAACACAACAAGCAAAAACAAUUAGACGAAGAGAAACCAAGAAAACAUUUUCUUAGUUGUAAUGUGUGUAAUAUGAGAUGUUUUCAUUUUUUGUAAUUUCGUUAACUCUAAUGUUUUUUCGUAUUAUUACCUUUAUCAUUAUUAUGGUUAAUUUAUGAUUUUUGCUAUGUCUUUUACAUACGACGAGCUACAUAUGUUAUGUACUUGUAUUUUGUGCAAUUUUCAAACCUUUUCAUUGCGUGUUAUAUAUUUUCAAAAAAUAUACAAAUGCGAACGAUCGAUGCCUGGAAACUGAAAAUGAAUGAUAAGGAUUAUAGGGAGUGUAGAUUUGAAGGAUGCGUUGUGAUAUUUAUUAUAAAACGAAUACAAAAGAUAACGGAUAAACGAUAAAAAACAAAAGGAGCAGUAAACAAAAGCGUGUAAUGAAAGGAACUAAGCCGGUUUUAAAAUUGUACAUUUAAACAUUUAAACGAAUCGCGUAAAUAUAUAUAAUAUAAAUAUAUGUAUAUGCAGCAUACAAACUAAAUACAAUGCCUUGAGAGAGAAUUAAGAAAUGCAAAACACUUUAUAUAAAUAUAUAUGUAUAUGUAUGUUUAAACCUAAACAAUAAUCGCGUUGAAGCAAGUUUUAUAUUGAGCAAAAGCAAAUGUGAAAUGAGAUAAAUAUACUUAUUGUACUCUGUAAGCUGCAGUAGAAAACCCAAAUAUAUUUUUACUAAACGCAACAAAUGCGCUAUUUUCAAAUACCAUUUAUAAGAAAUGACAAAAGCAAAGCAAUUAUUUAAUAUGUAAUUAUGUAUUAUGCAUACCCAAAUACGAUUUAACGAAAGCUGAUCAGGUAAAAACAAAUAGUAACUCUCGCCACAGUUUCCACAGUAAGUUCUCCGAAACUCUCUAUUCAAAAUUAUCAAUUUAUCCAAUAAACCAAACCGAUCGAUAGUAAACUAAAUGCACUUAUAAGGGCAGAAAAACACCAAAAUUGACAAAAAUGAAAUAAAAUAAAAUAAAAACACCGAAAAAACCUAAAA